GACCCCUCGCAAGGACGAGGGCGGGGAGGGGGGAAAGGGAAUCCCGUUCAUUUGCAUGCGAUGACGCAAUUCCCCAGGCCACGCCCUCCCCGCGGGGAGAUGCCCCUCCCCCGAUGCUCCGCGAACUCGGAAGUCUGGGAAGCGACGCGCUCCUCUUCCCUUUUAGUAGCUCUGCGGAGCCCUUUGGCCACGUUUCGCUUUCGUUUUCGCCCGGGCGGCGCAUGCGCGGAGCCUCUGCGGCGCUUCUGGCAAGUGCGGAGCCGGGCGGAGCAGGUGACGAGCAUGGAGACCCUCCCCGAGGAUGCCCUGAUUGCUGUGCUGGUGCUGGUGCCUGCCUGGGACCUGGUGCGUCACUGCCGGCUGGUCUGCUCCCUUUGGCGUGGGCUGGUAGACUUGCCUUCGCUCUGGAGGCUCAAGUGCCAGCGUGAGGGCUACUGGCCGGAGCCCCUGGACAGUCCCAUCCCGGACUGGCGGAAUUUCUAUUUCCUCUGCAGCCUGAAGAGGAACCUGAUCAAAAACCCCUGUGCUGAAGGCUUUGACGCCUGGGUGAAAGAAUGCGAUGGAGGCAACGGCUGGAAAAUCGAGCAGCUUCCGGGAAAUCACGGAAGAAAUAUCCCCCUUCCGCAUGUUCGGAAAUAUUUUGUGACGUCCUACGAGUCAUGCAUGAAGCAUCAGAUGAUCACCUUACGGGAUCACGGCUACUGGGAUCAAUUGAUGGACGAAGCUCGGCCUGAUAUCGUGGUGAGCGACUGGUACGCUGCGCGUUUCGACUGUGGCUGCCAGUACCACCUCUGUGUGAGGCUCCUGUCCAAAGACUACAUUGUUCUCCAGGAGUUUCUGCUGGAACCGGUUGUGAUCGAACAGUGGAGCGAUGCAGAAUGGCGCAAGGUGUCACACACGUUUCACAACUACCCUGCUGGCGUCCGCUACAUCUUAUUUGAACAUGGAGGCCAGGAUACGCUAUACUGGCAAGGCUGGUACGGGGUCAGAGUGACCAACAGCAGCCUCACCCUGGGCCCCCUAGUGGCAGAUUGAUGGCGAAGGGCUGCUUCGGUUGGGAUAGGACUGCAACUCCCAUUGUCCCCAGUCAAGUGGCUCUGGGGAAGGGCAGCCUAACCCUUGGACAUGGAAAGGAAGGAUUUGAAUUGUAGUCACUCCAAAGUUACAUCCUCUGGAUAUUUCUCUCUCGCUGAGAAAAAUAAACCCGCAAGAUAUUUAUCGAUAUAACAGAUAUUUCUCUCUCGCUGCUUCUGCAACUUCACUACGUCUGGAAAAGUUGUAU